CUGGGACACAGGAAGUGAAGAUAGCUGAAGCUAAACCAGGAACUCAGAGUCAGCCACAGUCCAAAGCUGUUGCUACCAACAGGUGCCUGAGCAAAAAGCAGCAAAUUUGCCCACAGGAGCUGGGGCACCUUCAAGAUGUGGAAAGCAGCCGUGGGACAUGACGUGUCAGUGAAGGUUGAGGCUCAGGGAGACGACUGGGACACUGACCCUGACUUCGUGAACGACAUCUCCGAGAAGGAGCAGCGCUGGGGAGCGAAGACCAUCGAGGGCUCCGGCCGCGCCGAGCACAUCGACAUCCACCAGCUGAGGAACAAGGUGUCAGAGGAACAUGAAGUUGCCAAGAAGAAGGAGCUGGAGACUGGCCCCAAGGCCUCCUAUGGUUACGGGGGCAAAUUUGGAACAGAGAGGGACCGAAUGGAUAAGUGUGCAGUGGGCCACGAGUACAUUGCCGAUGUUGGGAAGCACUCCUCGCAGAUAGAUGCAGCCCAAGGCUUUGGGGGGAAGUAUGGAGUCCAGCGGGACCGGGCUGACAAGUCAGCACUGGGGUUUGAAUACAAAGGUGAGGUGGAGAAACACUCAUCCCAGAAAGAUUACUCCAAGGGUUUUGGUGGCCGCUAUGGUUUGGAGAGGGAUAAGGUGGAUAAAGCAGCGGUGGGAUUCGACUACAAGAGCCAGGCAGAGAAGCACGACUCUCAGAAAGACUAUUCUGUGGGCUUUGGUGGGAAGUUUGGGGUCCAGAGAGAUCGUCAGGACAAGAGUGCCCUUGGCUGGGACCAUCAGGAGGAAGUGCAGCCUCAUCCGUCCCAAACAGACUAUGCCAAGGGAUUUGGAGGUCGUUACGGGGUCCAGAAGGACAGAGUAGAUAAGAGUGCUGCUGGCUUCAGUGAGAUGGCUGCUCCCACCUCCUGCUAUGAGAACACGAGACCCCUGGAGGCAGGAGCUUCCAGUGGCACCAGCAGCCUGCGGUCACGAUUUGAGAACAUGGCUAAGACAGCAGAGGAGGAGAGGAGGCAGGCAGAGGGGGACCGGGGGAGGCGGCACGGUCGGGAGUGCCUGGCAGCUCGGUGGAAGGAAGUCCCACAAAGAGAGAAGGAUCACACAGACGCAGCCUCCGCCACUGUGCCAACAGGGGUGCCCAGGAGUGCUGAGCAAGACAGAGCUGUGUCACAAGAAGAGGUGGCAAGGCAGGAGACAAAAAACAAGGAUGAGGAAGCAUCACCUGCUUUGCCACCAAGGCCAGCAGAUCUGGGUGAAGAACUGUGCAGGAACCCCAGCCAGGAUGAGCCAAUCUACAGUGAAAGUUUGGGUGCUGGUGAAGACUAUGAGGAGCUGCCAGAGCCCUCUGACUACUGUGACAGUACCAGUGGAGGUGCUGACUAUGAGGAGCUGCCAGCCCCCUUGGGAAAGAAUGCCAUCUAUGACUACGGAGGAGAUGGAGAUGAGGACUAUGAGAACAUCCUUCCUGAGGAGCCCAGCCAGAGCCAGCAGCUUGUUGGGGAAAUGGACAAUGUUUAUGGUGUGGAGAACCCUGGGACCUGUGCAGUGGCUCUCUAUGAUUACCAAGGAGAUGGCGAUGAUGAGAUUUAUUUUGAUGCUGAUGACAUAAUCACACACAUCGAGAUGGUAGAUGAAGGCUGGUGGCAGGGGCAAUGCCGGGGCAAAAUAGGCCUCUUUCCAGCAAAUUAUGUGAGGCUUCUCCAGUGAAACCAGCACUGUCCAAGGAGCUUCUGUCCAAACUUUGGCAUUUCUCUGCUUCAGGCUUUGCAUGCUAUUGGCUUGGUUUGGCUUGGCCUGGGGUGACUGCGUGAAAGAAAUACAGAGAAACAAACUGGCAGUGUCUGUUUCAGCCUGUGCCCAAAAGGGCUUUGGUUCCCCUCCACUUCCAGAUGGGAAAGGUGGGAUGUUUUAAGUGCAUGUGAGUGCAGUAUAAGACAUCUUUUCUGCCAGUUUAAUUAACAAGUUACUUGUUGGAGGGUGGUGGCUACAGCCUCCUUAUCUAAAGAAUGCUGCUUUUAUUUACAAUAUCCUGUGUAUCUGACACUGUUUGGAGAAGAAAGGGUUGCAUAACCUGAAGGUACAUAAACUUCAUAACUGCCCCCUUUGGGCAGAAUUCAUCCAGGCAGCGUCUGUCACUCCUGUGCUCUCCCUCAUAGCUGUACUA